ACCUAUUAUUUGAUUGGAUAGUGCAACUGCCGUUAACGUACGUUCUAUUACAUCAUACGUAAGGUCAAGAGGAAAGAAGCAUGGCUGCUGUGCUGAGAGGGUCUCGGUACCUAGUUGGAAGGUGUUGCAAGCAUGUUGACUUUGCAUUUGUCUCCACAAGGUCUAUGGCCUCGAAGACACAGGUGGGGUUUAUUGGUUUGGGCAAUAUGGGAAACCCAAUGGCAAAGAACUUACUGAAGAACGGGUACCCAGUCAUUGCUACUGACGUGUUCCCGGAGUCCUGCAAGGAAGUGCAAGAGCUGGGUGCUCAGAUUGUAGAUAAUCCUGCUGAGGUAGCAGACAAAGCUGACCGCAUCAUCACCAUGCUUCCCUCUAGUCCCAAUGUCAUAGAUGUGUACACUGGACCCAAUGGCAUUCUCAAAAAGGUGAAGAAAGGCUCACUGCUUAUUGACUCCAGCACCAUUGAUCCAGCUGUUUCAAAAGAAAUGGCUGCUGCUGCUGAGAAGAUGGGGGCAGUUUUUAUGGAUGCACCUGUAUCAGGAGGUGUGGGCGCUGCCAGUUCGGGUAAACUGACUUUUAUGGUUGGAGGAGUAGAGCAGGAAUUUACUGCAGCCAAAGAACUUCUCAGCUGCAUGGGAGCCAAUGUGGUUUACUGUGGUCAAGUUGGAACUGGACAGGCUGCUAAAAUCUGUAACAACAUGCUUCUAGCCAUCGGAAUGAUCGGGACUUCAGAGACGAUGAACUUGGGAAUCAGACUUGGUCUUGAUCCCAAACUGUUGGCUAAGAUCUUGAAUAUGAGUUCAGGUCGGUGCUGGUCCAGUGACACUUACAACCCUGUGCCCGGAGUCAUGGAGGGAGUCCCCUCUGGGAAUAACUACCAGGGAGGCUUUGGCACCCAGUUGAUGGCUAAGGAUCUAGGCCUCGCACAGAACACAGCCACCAACACAAAGACUCCUGUCCCUCUCGGCUCCUUGGCCCAUCAGAUAUACCGUAUGAUGUGCGCACGCGGUUAUGCCAAUAAAGAUUUCUCCUCUGUAUUCCAGUUCCUGCGUGAGGAGGAGGGCCAGCAGUAAUGUCAGCCUCCACCCCGUCCACAGCCUUGCCAGUUCCUGGCCAUGCACAGGACUAACAUAGUGUAGUUAGGGUGCAAUUCGCCCUGAGGACAAUUUUUUUUUUCUUCCUCUUUUCCAAAGUUGUGAAAAGACAUGAAGCCAACAGAGCUCCAACACAGCAUGACAGCUCAUCUGUGCACUUCUCUGCUAUUGGAAAUCAUGUUUUCUGUGUGAUCUAGUUUUCUUUAAAAUGCAACACUCCUUUCAGUUUUAAUAGUGAAUAAAUUGUUAUCCAAAAGGUAUUCAGAAUGUCAAGCAGUGCAAAGGGUCCUGAGGUGAACCUCUGGUGUUAAGACGACAAAUCACUAGCUCUCUCUGUCAAGGCCAGACGGCUGCAAACGCCAUGUGGUGUCCACAUAUUUGUCCAUUGUUUGGUUAUUGUUUAUAAUCAUUUCUGUUCUGUACAUGGGGGGGGGGUCACUUCUCUUGACAUUGGAAAAGUUACAUUGAAAAUGUUACUGAUAUCCUUUUAGGAAAUAAAAACAAAUUGUAAUGUCA